AUGCGCCUUCCGUUGGAGACACCAGAUGCCACGCACCCCGAAAUCCACGCCUACAUCCUCGGCGCAGGGAUCACCUCUCUUUCCGCCGCCGUCCACCUCCUGCAAGAAGGCCACCUCCCAGCCUCGCACAUCCACAUCCUCGAGACCCUCGACCAAGCCGGCGGCGGGACCGUCAGCUCCGGCAAUGCAGAAGAAGGGUAUCACUACCGGGCAGGCGGGAUGCCAUUGCUGAACGGAAAUGCGAUGGCGACGUUGUUCGCUGAGGUUCCAUCCGAUGUGAAUCCGGGGAAGAGCGUUUUGGAUGACCUAUACGACUACUGGGGUCUACCCUUGAGUACUGCAGGUCAGCAUCAUCAGCAGCAGCAUGGUGGAGGGACUGGAGAGGAGCAAGCACAACAUCCCCACCAGCAGCAACAAUCUCAGUGCCACCAGACGCGGCUCAUCCGACGGUCGAAGCACGGCCUCGUCCGGAUCGACUGCAAACACAGUACAAGUCUUGGGCUGUGGGAUCGGGUGGAAGUGUUCCGCUUCCUGAAUAAAAGUGAGGUCGCGUUGGGGAGAUCGCGCAUUCGGGAUCACUUUGGGAAGGGGUUCUUUAGUGGAUCUUACUGGGGGGUGUUGAGUACCACAUUCGGCUUCAAACCCUGCCACAGCGCCGCCGAAUUUCACCGCGCCCUGCACAAAUUCGGACACGACAUCGCGAGCAUCACCAGCUCGCACCCCCGUCCCCUGGACGGCGGCCAAUACAACCGCCACGAGUCGCUCGUCGCCCCGAUCGCCCGCUUCCUCCGCCGCCAAGGGGUCGACUUCCAAUUCCAGACCACCGUCACGGACAUCAUCUUCGCCGACGACGACGCUGCCCGCCCAGAACCUCCAUCAGCCGCCGCCUCCAAUUCGGGGUCCGCGUCCGCCAGCGUCCACAGGACCCCAAGCACCCGCCAGCGCAAGCGCAGCAGCCGUCAUAACUCCAACGACGAUACCCACAAAGCGGAGCAGCAGCUCCUCCCAUCGUCGAGAGAACCGCCCUACCCACCGCGCCUCGUCUCCGCCAUCAUCGCCCACCCCCUCAACGGACCGGAGCAGACCAUCCCCGUCCAACCGCACGACAUCGUCCUCGUCUCCCUGGGCAGCGCCAUGUCCGGCUCCAGCCUCGGCAGCAACACGACCGCCCCGCCACUCUACCAAAUGGAAGCCGACCACGAGCUCGACGAGAACUGGCUGCUAUGGCUCGAGCUGACGACCAAGGACCCGCGCCGCUUGGGGAAUGCCUACAACUUCUGCACGCGCCUCGAGGAGUCCCGCCUCGAGUCCUUUACGAUCACCCUCCGCGCCGCCGGCGGGAAUCGCAUCCUCGAACGCAUCACAGGUACAAACAACAACUCUACCACUGAGUCAGCAUCGCCGAUGUUCGUCUCCCUGAUCGAUGCCCCCUGGGUAGUCAGUCUGCACAUCCCGCCGCAGCCGGUCUUCCCGGAUCAGCCGGCCGAGGUCCAGGUCCUCUGGGGGUACGCGUUGUACCCCGAGCGGACCGGGGAGGUGGUGCGCAAGCCGAUGCUCGAGUGCACCGGGGAGGAGAUCCUGCGAGAGGUGCUGGCGCAGUUGGAGGUCAAGGAGACGGAGGCCGACCGGAUCCUGCAAGGGGCUAUCACCAUCCCCUGCGUCGUGCCGCGGAUGACGGCGGGCUUGCUGCCGCGGGGCGAGGGCAACCGCCCGCGCGUGAUGCCCCCCGCGAUCCGGAAUUUGGGGUUGAUUGGCCAGUUUGUGGAGAUCGAGGGGGAGACUGGGGUCACGGCCAUGGAGUAUAGUGUGCUUGGGGCGCAGAUGGCCGUGCGGAAGUUGGUGGGGAGGGUCUCUUCGGUGCUGGGGGAGGGGGAGGGGGAGAGGAAGGCUGUGCCAGGGGGGGACAAGGAGCAGCAGCAGCAGCAGCAGCAUCGAGUUAAGGAGUCGAGGAAACGGUCCUGGUUGCCGUUGCCUUGUAGUUAG